AUGACGGGAUGGUCCCCAGACAUAGCUGGAGAGAAGGCCGCGAGUUCAGACGUCCUUGGAGUAGAGGGUGAGGAAAAGAAAGUGAAAAGAGAAGAAGGGAAAUACGGCCGAUACAGCCCGGUAUUGGGAGCCUCCGAGGAUGUCAAGUCAGAGGUGAAGCACGAGAUGAAGGUGGAGCAUUGCGCAUUACCGAAGAAAGAAGAAGAUUUGGACACGAAGAUUGACCUCAAACUAGAGGCAAAGACAGAGACCCCAUCCCUCGCGCUCGACGCUAGAGGUACAUUCCCCGAAACUUCGCAGGCAGCGCCCUCCGAAACCACUAGCACCAUCUCGUCAACCGAGAGAGUCGCAUCUGACCUCGAGCUAUCAUACCCAAGUACGCCACAAUCCCAUGACGUCGGCCUUUCAUUUCCACAGGAAUUACGGCCUUCAAGUCCCUCGAUCGACUCGAAAACGGAUGUCAGAACGGAAGGCGAAGUCAAGGCGGAGGCGGGCGUGAAGGCGGAAGUAGACUCCCUGGCUGGCCUUGUAAAGGUAGAGGCGAAGCUGGAGGGGGGAGAUGACGCGCCGUCAAACCCACUCAAGGAGGAGGAAGUGGUUAAAGGAGAGAUUAAAGACGAGAUACCUCUGGCAACGACACCUAUGAACGAAGAUAAUGCCGCCAUUGAUCUACCCGAACACCAUCCCAAAGCCGCAGCGACGGAACGUCCCACCGAUUCACCAAUAGGCCUCGCCGUGACCGACCCUCUGCCAGAUAUACCCACCGCUGACGUUUACGAGUCAAUGCCUGCAGGCUCCAAACUCGAAUCGACGGACGUCGACUUGCAGCCCGUGCCGGCACCCGUAAUGAGAUGCAAGUUCAUGUUAUGCGUUGAACCACCCUCGCUCGAAUCUGUGAUGGCUCAUUACAAACGGUGUGCUGACUGGGCCAAGACUAUCGUGAAAAAACCGAAGAAGGAGGCAGUCAUUCCAUUGAAGACGCUCGCAGGUCGAUACGAAGCACUGGGGGUGACCGAGCCCUUCCAUGUUCCACUGCCUAUCGACGUGAGGGAUGUGGCUUUCUCCCGACAGCUAAUCUCGUCAAUUUAUGGCGGCAAUGUUCAGCAGACGUUUCCCGUCCCUAGCGCUAAAUUCCUCGCACAACAUGGCUUGGACGACUUCAUGUGCCUGAACUACAUUAUGCAUCCCAAUGCGCCGGAACUUGUCGGAGCACCUGGUUUCUACUGCUCUUCUGGAUCAGGGGAUCCUAAGGCGAAGCGUGCGCCCUGGACGAAGAUCAUGCGCCUCAUCCUUCAGCUAGGACCUUCCCGUUGGCAGUAUUAUGGCCAGUACCAGGUCGAGCCGAGCGAUGCCCUUAGCCCACAGGAAUGGCUUGCUCAAUCACCAGGAUUUAGACGCCAGUGGGUCAAUGAGAUCAUGAUACGGCAGGGAUGGGGAAACAAGAUUCGAUGUGAGGUCUUGCUCCGCAAACGACUAGGACGGCUUCCGACAGACAAAGAGCUUGAUGACGCGGUAAAUAUACCUGGGUUUGCGCAGGAGGUUACCCCUGAUGAUAUCUACGAGUCCUUUGCCCGUGGUGACCAUUUCAUCGCACUCUGGGGAAUGAAGUGCGUUGGAUACGAUACAGCAUUCCAAGAACGGCUAGUUGCAGCUAAACAAGCGGCGGCAGCGAAUGAAGACGUGAAAGAAGAGAAGGACAAGAAACCAAAGGUGUCCAAGAGGAAGAAGCAAGCUGCUUCUUCUGAUGCUCCAAAGAAACGUGCUCGCAAGGACUCACCUUCAGACCCGGAAGGUGACUCUAAGCCCCUCGACAUGAAGGUAGAUGACGAUGCUGUCGACGAUACCGAGCAACCUCCCGCUAUUGUGAAGAGUAAUGAUGAUGAUGAGAUCCAGAUUGUCCAACGACCAGUGUUGCCUAGCAAGAAGGUAUAUACUCCUCGGGGCACCCGCUCGCGCCCUGCUUCAGCAAAGGUGAUCGUUAUUGACUAG